AUGGCUUUAUGCAAAAUUGAGAUAUUAGCAUUUGCAGUACUUGUAUUCUACAUACCAAUUGCCCAUUGUUGGGGAAUCGAUGGCCAUCUCAUUGUCUGCAAACUUGCACAGCCAAGGUUGAGCAAAGCAGCAGAAGAUGCUGUAUCACAACUUUUGCCAUCAUAUGCAGAAAAUGAUCUCGGCAGCCUGUGCUCGUGGGCAGACCGUGUCAAGUUUAGAUAUCACUGGUCGUCGCCACUCCAUUAUAUCAACACCCCAGACGAUCUCUGCAACUAUCAGUACAACAGGGAUUGCAAGGAUGAAGAUGGAAUACAAGACAUAUGUGUGGCAGGAGCAAUCAACAAUUACACCACUCAGCUCCUGAGCUAUCGAGAUACUUCGUCUACAUAUAAUCUGACAGAAGCACUUCUUUUCCUGUCACAUUUCAUGGGGGACAUUCAUCAGCCUCUACAUGUAGGAUUUACUUCAGAUAAAGGGGCUAACACUAUUGAUGUUCAUUGGCACAAGAGGAAAGCAAAUCUUCAUCAUGUGUGGGAUUCUAGCAUUAUUGAGACAGCAGAGGAAACAUUUUACAAUUCUGAAGUGGAUGAACUAAUCAGUGCACUCGACAAGAACAUAACAACCGUAUGGUCCAACCAAGCUAAGGCGUGGGGAGCCUGCAGCAAAAUAUCUUGCCCAGAUGUAUAUGCAUCUGAAGGUAUCAAAGCAGCAUGUGACUGGGCAUACAAAGGCGUCGAGGAAGAUUCAGUGCUUGGAGACGACUACUUUCUGUCACGUAGGCCAGUGGUCAAUCUGCGGUUAGCUCAAGGCGGAGUUCGCUUGGCAGCCACGCUCAACCGAAUAUUUGGAUGAUUAUGUUUAAACUUUGCCUUCAACCAGAUAAAUUGGUGAAAUUCUGUUACAGUUUUAAGGAGCUUUCCAUUUGAGGA